AUGGGAACACCGGCGGAGGGACCGCCUCCGAUGGAUCAUCAGGGCGCCCAGUCACAGUACAACAACUACGACCCGCACAAUGGUGGCCUUUCAAGGCGAGCCACCGACGAGGCCGCAUCGUCGUCCAACAGUCUUGCGCCUUAUGACCGCACCAACUACCCCCUGCGAUCGUCGACCGAUCCUGGGGACCAGAAUCAGGCCGUCGCCAAGCCAAAGCGUAGUGGAAAGAUAUGUGGAAAGUGCGGAGAAGGACUGACUGGACAAUUUGUACGAGCAUUGGGCGAUACGUUCCAUCUGGAAUGCUUUACCUGUCACGAUUGCGGCAAAAUCGUCGCAUCCAAGUUUUUCCCCGUCCCUGACAAGCCGCCCGGGCAGUACCCCCUCUGCGAAACAGACUACUUCCGACGGCUUGACCUGCUUUGCUUCGAAUGCGGGCAAGCCCUGCGUGGCUCAUACAUCACAGCACUCGAUCGCAAAUACCACAUUGAGCACUUCACCUGCUCCGUAUGCCCUACGGUGUUCGGCGCCUCGGACAGCUACUACGAGCAUGAGGGGAGCGUCUACUGUCACUACCACUACUCUACCAAGUUCGCUCAACGGUGUAACGGCUGUCAGACAUCGAUUUUGAAACAAUUCGUCGAGAUCUUCCGAAAUGGACAGAACCAGCAUUGGCAUCCAGAAUGCUACAUGAUUCACAAAUAUUGGAAUGUCAGGCUACACUCCACAGGCCAGCCAAUCAUCGAGCGAUUGCAAGAUGCCGAUGGUGAUGCAACGGAUGAGGUGCGGGAGAGCGUGCGCCAGCAGGAAGAAGAAAUCGAAGCCAAAGUCAACUGGAUCUGGAAGACGCUAUCGGCUUUCGAGGAGAAGUCCGCGACCUGCAUAUCUGACAUGCUACUCCAUGUCAGCAACGGGGCCUACGUUGACGGUGUCAUGGCAGCCAAGAAAUUCAUUGUGCACAUCGAAUUGCUUUUUGCGGCUGCAGAUGCGCUCGACGCGCAACUGAUCAUCAGAACGCCCAAGGGACUGACCUACUCCCGCGAAUCAAAGCUGCUCUGUAAGAAAGUGGUAGCCUUUUUCGCGCUUCUUACCCAGUCCCAAGGUACCGGUGUGCGACGACUGGGCGUGACCCAAGAACUGCUGUCCCUGGUCACUGGAUUGGCCCACUACCUGAAGCUUCUCAUCCGCAUAUGUCUGCAGGGUUCUCUAAAAUUAGAGCGCGAGACCCGGAGCUCGACCGGGUUGACCAACUUCCUUACCCAAGUCAACUCGCUUGAUGCGCGGUUGGAAGAAGAGGCCCAACAGGACCAGGCCGCUGAGUCCGCUCGGCUUGUGCCGAGGUGGGCGGACGCAUGUCCCAUAUGCGAUGCACAGGUCGAAGACAAGUGUUUACACUUGAACAACAUGUCGUACAACUACAGCUGUAUGGUUUGCCGUGGAUGCAAUGCUGACCUACGCCAUAACACUCAAAAUGCUUAUUGGAGUAAAUCCAAGCGAAGUAUUUUCUGUCCCGCAUGUGCUGCAGCGCAACCAGACGCUGAAAAUGGUUUUGAGCAGGUCACCAAGCUGCGUCAAUAUGUACAUCUACUAAAUGUAGCGCAUGCACGUCUCAUGGCGACUCUGCGAUCCAGUGGCGCACUGCCACACACUUCAGAUGAUCCUAACCUCACAGGCUACGAUUCUACUCAAGGCCACCGCCUUGGAGAUGAUCCACCUCACUUACGACCCGACACUCGCUCAAAGUCGUAUGGAGGCACAUCAGCGACAGAUAGUCAAAACAGCAACAAUGCCGCAUACGAGCAAUCCAUGUCUGAUAUCAAGCGCCUAAGAUCGACGCGCCUUGACAAGCAUCUUUCGAAUACCAUGAAACGUGCCCGCCAAUCGCGAAUCAUUGACGGUCCGGAGGGUCUCGGCUCUGGGGGAGACGGGUCGUUGCCGGGAGGUAUGCAAAUCGUCCAGGAACGCGAAAUAUCAAACGAAGCCGACGCUGUAACGCUCGCUGUAAAUUCUCUUGCUCUGGAUGACAUUGCUCGUAUGGCCGCCUUAGAGCAGCAGCGAGAGCAGCGUCCGAACGCAUUCCGUGCCGGUGGAAGCGCAUUGCUAGGACGAGAUGACCAACCUAGGCUUCAAAACGGUCACCGUCGCGAUUUCUCUGGGGGUCAAGAACUUCAACAAAUAUCAGAAGGUCGCUCUCGAACCUACUUUUCGGAACUUUCACCGCUUGAGUACUUCAAGCUGAAGGGCCUUGCUGUGCUUCAGCUCGGCCUUCUGCUUGACGACAAUCAGUACAACCAGGGCGAUCUUCUCGAUCUCAUCGAAUCGAAGAAGAACAACUUCUGGGGCAAAAUUGGGUUCGGCAAAGCGUUCAAGGCCGACAAAAGCAAACCAAAGAAAGGCGUUACAGGAGUCGAGAAACCAGUUUCUGACAAAGCAACCUUCAGACAGUCGCUUGAAUACCUCGUGGAAAAGUAUGGUGAUGAAUGCACAGAAGGCGUAGGACCUGGCGCUCUCAAGGUUCCGGCUCUGCUUCAGGAUUGUAUCACUGCGAUGAGAAGUAUGGACAUGUCCAUUGAGGGUGUGUUUAGGAAAAACGGUAACCUCAAGGCUCUACGCGAGCUUGAAGAGGAAAUCGACGCCAAUGGUGUUCAAAAGGUCGAUCUUAACACCAAGAACCCUGUCAUCCUCGCCAAUCUCUUGAAGCGCUUCCUGCGAUUGAUGCCCGAGCCGGUCUUGACGUUGAAGCUGUACAGGCUGUUCAUGGUAGCCAAUGACGUUGAAGAUGAAGCGCAAAGAAAGAAGAUCUUACAUCUAGUGCUUUGCCUGCUGCCCAAAGCUCAUCGCGACACCAUGGAAGUUUUGUUCUGUUUCCUGAACUGGGUAUCGUCUUUCCACACCGUAGAUGAGGAGACGGGUAACAAGAUGGAUACAUGGAACAUCGCCACUGUAAUGGCACCGAACAUUUUGCGGGAGAGCAAUGACAAAGAGGUAAAGAGCGUGGAUCAGGGUGCGGUUAAGGUCGUGUUCGAUCUCAUUGAGAACAACGAUGAGUUCUCGGAAGUACCCCCCGAAAUCAUGGAACUUCUCAGUGACGAAGUGUCUGACAUGAGCGCGAAAGAAAUCAUGCGACAAUGGGAGCAGCGAGGAAAGAACCCUCUGUCAGCCCCUACACCGUCACCUAGGGACCAAACCGGCACUGCUUCCAGAAAAGACCAGCGUAAUGCACCUCAAAUCACGACAGCGGACAACAACCCCUCGGCGCAGGCUGGGGAGGCGUCAGUCCGUCAGGUCCCAGGCGCAGGCGGUCAACCAAUGGCUACUGGCAGCAACCAGCACAGCCCCACCCCAGGGUAUGACCGAAAUGCACCAAACCCUGCAUUCGCCCAGAACUCACAAGCUUCGGCUGACGGUCAUCGCACUGCAUCGCCUCAUCGGCACAGUUAUCGCUCGCCUGGCUUCCAAAAACAUACACAGAUUGGCACCGCGGGCGCUGGAUGA